AUGGCGAUAAUUGAGCCUGAGAUGAUUAAUCAAAAUAUAAGAAGUGAUCAUUCUGAGUCAAGUCAUUUCUCAAAUUCCAAAGAAACUUACAAUGGUACUGUACGUGUUGCUGCGUCGUAUGAUAUGGGUUACAGUACAAAAAGAAGUGGAAGAACAUACGAUAGUAUGAAUGGAUAUGCAGCAUUCUUGGGUAGAGAAACUGGUAAAGCCAUAGAUUAUUUAACAACAAAUCGUGGUUGUAGAAUGUGUGCCCUAGGUCAUCCCAAAUCAGACCACGAUUGUAGGCUAAACUUCGUUGGAAGUGCAAAAGCUAUGGAACCUUUUGCUGCUGCAAGAAAUACCAAAGAAGUAGCUGAUGCUUUAAGAAAUAUUCCUGACCAUGCCUUUAACAACCAUGAUAAUUGUGGCCAUUGGUGUAGAUAUGUGAAGAAUCCUUUAACUUAUGACCAUAAAGUUAUUAAAGGAGGUUUCCAGAGCCCUGAUUUAUAUAAAGAUUUAAAACAUAUAUUCGGGAAAUUAGCAGAUAACGCGGAUCGGUUUGCUGCUGGUGCAUCUAGCCAAGCAAACGAAAGUCUGAAUGCUACUAUGACAAGCCAUUACCCUAAGUCUCGAUGCUACUCUCAGACGGCUUCUGGAGAUUUUCGGUUUGCCUGCGCUAUUGGUGAGAAAAAUCUCGGAGAAAGAUACCUUCAAGAAGCUGCAACGCAAAUACUUUUAUCUCCUGGCUUUCACACAACUAAAUACGUGGACAGGAAAGAAAAAGAAGCAAAAAGACGAUAUUUAAGAACAAAACGUCCAGAGUUUAAAAAAAGGCGUUUGUUUUUAAAAGAACAGCGUACUAAUCUGCGCAAGAAGAAAGAAGAUAUGGAAGGUAUCCAGUAUGAAUCUAAUAUGGGAUUACUUUCAACAAAUGUUGCCCACGACUCUAUUCUCAUUACAGAGGGUAUAAAUGAAGAGAUCAAUGAAGCUGAUGAUAAUGGAACACAAGUUUCAGAACCUAUUGCAGUAUUUUUUGAUUUGGAAACAUCAAGCUUUUCAAAACAAUCUGAUAUUCUUCAAAUUGCGGCUCAAUACAAUAAAUCCAAAUUUUCAGUUUAUGUCAACCCUACUCAAAAAAUUGCUGCACAAGCAUCUGAGGCAAAUGGUUUAACAAAUGUUAGAGGUGAAUUGAUGCUCAAUGGUACUAGAGUACCAUCAAUUCCACUGAGAUUAGCUUUGGAUGCUUUUCGUAACUUUCUGACGAAACUGAAGCAUCCGGUGGUUUUAGUUGCUCACAACUGCAAAUUUGAUGCUCCUAUUCUUAUUAAUUCUGUUAAAAAAAUGACUAUGACGGAUGACUUUGGGUCUGUGGUUGUAGGUUUUGCAGAUACACUGCCUCUUAUUAAAUCAGUAACAAAUUGUAAAGGAAAAGGAGAGUGUACUCUAACAGGUCUGGCUUCAUGGCUACAAAUUUCUGCGGAUGGUGCGCAUAAUGCUGUAUACGAUGUUUUAAUGCUGGUGCAAAUUAUUGAGAAUCUUCAAAUCACAACAAAGCAAUUAAUGGAUCGCAGUAUAACUUGGAGUGAUACAAUUGCGAGUAUUCGUAAUGCCGAAAAAUCAGCUACACUGUUAAAAACACUCGACAAAUUAGGAACUUGCAUAUCUACUGGCAUGAAAAAAAAAAUUGCUGAUGCUGAUAUUACCUAUGAAGAUUUAAUCAACACUUUUCGUGAUGAUGGGGAUGCAGGAAUAAAAAAAUUAUUAGGAAAAGAUGAAAAUGACAAAGUUCGUGUUACUAAAACUAAAACAAUUAUUGAAAAUUUGUUAAAUCAUUUAAGAACCAAAGGUUUAUAA